GCCUCACUCAGACCUUGCAGUGAAGGAGCGAGGGGGCAAGGGGUGCCUUUUCGAAUAUUUUAGAGCAACUUUACAGGGAAGAUCUGGAAGAAACCACGGCACGCAAAAGAAUCCAGAGGAACACCUGGAGAAGCGUGGAUACCUUUGAGAAAGUUUUAAAGAAGCAAUGUCAACUUCAGAUGAAUCAGACGGGCUUCGGCCACGUUAUGGGUCGGUCCUGGAUGGCGAGCAGCGGCUCACUGCCGAGGAGAUGGACGAGCGGAGGCAGGCAAACAUGGCCUACGAGUACUUGUGCCACCUGGAGGAGGCCAAGAGAUGGAUGGAAGCGUGUUUGGACGAGGAGCUGCCUCCCACCACAGAGCUGGAGGAGGGGUUGCGGAACGGCGUCUACCUGGCCAAGCUGGGCAACUUCUUCGCCCCACAGACCGUCUCCCUCAAGAAGAUCUACGACCGCGAGCAGACCCGUUACAAGGCAACAGGGCUCCACUUUAGGCACACAGAUAACGUGAUCCAGUGGCUGAACGCCAUGAGUGCCAAAGGCCUGCCAAAGAUUUUCUACCCUGAGACGACAGACAUUUACGACAGGAAGAACAUGCCUCGCUGUAUCUACUGCAUCCACGCACUCAGUCUGUACCUGUUCAAGCUGGGUCUGGCUCCACAGAUCCAGGACCUGUAUGGAAAGGUGGACUUCACAGAGGAGGAGAUCAACAACAUGAAGAGCGAGCUGGAGAAGUAUGGCAUCCAGAUGCCGGCCUUCAGCAAGAUCGGAGGCAUCCUGGCCAACGAGCUCUCCGUCGACGAAGCUGCCUUGCACGCGGCCGUUAUCGCCAUCAACGACGCCAUUGACCACGGGGUGCCCGAGGGGACACUGACGGCCAUGCGCAACCCCAACGCCAUGCUGGUCAACCUGGACGAGAGUGCAGUCCAGCACUACCACGACACGCUGACCCAGGCCAAGGCCCAGAAGGUGGAGAACGCACGCAAGCGGAUUGGGGAGAACGCGGACGCAGAAAGGGAUGUUUACGAAGAGCUACUUACUCAGGCUGAAAUCCAAGGCAAUGUCAACAAAGUCAACUUGGCGACUGCCCUGAACGGAGCCGAGCAGGCCCUGCUGAGUGGUGAUGAGGACAAGCUGUAUGAAGCACUCCGCUCCCAGGCUUUGGGCCUGAAGAACCUCAACAGCCAGAACAAGGGCUGGUACUUGAAAGAACUGAUGGCGGCGCGGGAACUUAAGGACCAGAAUUCCCCUGGAGAGGCGCUGACAAAGGAAGAGUUACAGAGUGGCGUAGACGUCUCUAAUGAGGUCGCAUCAGCAUACCAGAAAAUGCUGGAGGCAGUGGACCGGAUCAACGCUGCGAUCCGUAAGGGUGUGCCCGAGGAGACGGUGAAGGAGCUGAUGAACCCGGACGCCCAGCUGCCCCAGGUCUACCCCAGCGCCGCUGACCUCUACCAGAGAGAGCUGGCCAGCCUGCAGCAGCAGAGCACAGAGGGCUCUCUCACCCACCCCGAGCUGCUGGUUGCCGUGGAGAUGCUGUCGUCGGUGGUGCUGAUCAACGGGGCCCUGGACGUGGGCGACCGCGCCGCCCUGUGGAAGCAGCUGGCCAGCACCGUCACCGGCCUCAGCAACGUGGAGGACGAGUACGCUCAGAGGUACAUGGAUGAGCUGAUGCGUUUGAAGGCGGCCGCUCGUGAGCAGGGGAACGAGUACCUGACCUGGAACGACAUCCAGGCCUGUGUGGACCAGGUCAACGGCACGGUCCAGGAGGAGCAUGAGAGGAUUGCUGCGAUCGGGCAAAUAAAUGAGGCUCUGGACGGAGGCGAUCUGGAGAGCACUCUGGCAGCACUGCAGCAUCCCGCAGCCAAGCUGACCGAUGUGGACCCAUCACUGGCCCAGCACUACUACGACCUGCUGCUGCAGGCCAGGCGGGAGAAAGCCCACGAGACGCAGGAUCCCUCGGCGGUGCUUUGGCUGGAUGAGAUUCAGGAUGCCAUCCAAAGAGCCAAUCAGGAGACUCAGGAGGCCCUGCAGUUCUCCAAGGCCAUCCAGGGCAUUAAUGAGGCGGUGGACAGCGGCGACUCGGCCCAGACGCUGGCCGCGCUCAGGACUCCAGCGGCUGGACUCUACGGGGUGACGGCGGAGUGCGCGCCCACCUACCAGACGGACUUAUCCAAGAUCAAAGAGGGCAAGAAGACGGAGGGUGAUAAUGGCAGUGAGUGGGUGCAGCACUGGGUGAAGGGAGGGCAUAAUUACUACUACAACCUGAAGACCGGGGAGGGCAGCUGGCAGCAGCCCCAGGACUUUCUCCAGAACAACACCCUGCUCAACAAGGAGGACAUCCAGGGUGUGGUGUCGGGGGUGACGGCAGCGUAUAACCGGGAGCAGCUCUGGCGUGCCAACGAGAGCCUCAUCGCCAAGCUUCAAGCCCGUUGCCGUGGUUACCUGGUCAGGCGGGCCAUGAAGAAUCGUCUUGCCUACCUGACGGAUCAGGAUCAGUCUACCAAGUGUAUCCAGGCCCACUGGAGAGGCUACAAGCAGAGGCAGAAGUACAAAAACAGAGUGAAGUAUCUCAAGGACAACAGUGAACAAGCAGUCAAGAUUCAAGCGAUGGUGAGGAUGCACCAAGCUCGCAAGAAGUACAAAGACCGACUGAAGUACUUCGAGGACCACAUGGAUGAAAUAGUGAAAAUCCAGGCCUUCAUCCGGGCCAAUAAAGCCAGAGACGAUUACAAGACACUCAUCAACGCUGACGAGCCCCCGAUGGCCGUGGUGCGCAAGUUCGUGCACCUGCUGGACCACAGCGACCAGGACUUCCAGGAGGAGUUGGAGCUGAUGCGUCUGCGCGAGGAGGUGGUCACCAACAUCCGCUCCAACCAGCAGCUGGAGAACGACCUCAACCUGAUGGACAUCAAGAUCGGCCUGCUGGUCAAGAACAAGAUCACGCUGCAGGAGGUGGUGUCCCACAGCAAGAAGCUGACCAAGAAGAACAAGGGCGCGCUGUCCAACAUGAUGAUGAUGAACAAGCACAAGGGCGGCCUCAAGGCCCUCAGCAAGGAGAAGAGGGUGAAGCUGGAGGCCUACCAGUACCUCUUCUACCUGCUGCAGACAAACCCAACCUACCUGGCCAAGCUGAUCUUCCAGAUGCCCCAGAACAAGUCCACCAAGUUCAUGGACUCUGUGAUCUUCACCCUGUACAACUACGCCUCCAACCAGCGCGAGGAGUACCUGCUCCUCAAGCUCUUCAAGACGGCUCUGCAGGAGGAGAUUAAGUCAAAGGUGGACCAGCUUCAGGAGAUUGUGACCGGAAACCCAACAGUCAUCAAGAUGGUGGUGAGCUUCAACAGAGGGGCUCGGGGCCAGAACGCCCUCAGGCAGAUCCUCGCUCCCGUCGUCAAGGAGAUCAUGGACGACAAGUCACUAAACAUCAAGACGGACCCCGUGGACAUUUACAAGAGCUGGGUCAACCAAAUGGAAUCGCAAACCGGAGAGGCCAGCAAGCUGCCGUACGACGUGACGCCAGAGCAGGCCAUGAGCCACGAGGAGGUUCGCACGCGCCUGGAGGCCUCCAUCAAAAACAUGAGGGCCGUCACCGACAAGUUCCUGUCCGCCAUCGUAGUCUCCAUCGACAAAAUCCCGUAUGGGAUGCGCUUUAUUGCAAAGGUUUUGAAGGACACGCUCAGUGAAAAGUUCCCUGAUGCCAGUGAAGAUGAACUAGUAAAGAUUGUGGGCAACCUGCUCUACUACCGUUACAUGAAUCCAGCUAUCGUGGCCCCUGAUGCAUUUGACAUCAUCGAGAUGUCUGCGGGUAGUCAGCUCACUACUGACCAGAGGCGGAACCUGGGUUCCAUAGCCAAGAUGCUCCAGCAUGCUGCCUCCAACAAGAUGUUCCUGGGAGACAACGCCCACCUAAAUCCCAUCAAUGAGUACCUCACCAGCUCCUACCAAAAGUUCAGGCGUUUCUUCCAGGCAGCGUGUGAUGUGCCCUCGCUUGAAGAUAGGUUUAACAUUGAUCAGUACUCCGACUUGGUCACCCUCACCAAACCAGUCAUUUACAUCUCCCUCGGUGAGAUCAUCAACACACACACGCUCCUGUUAGACCAUCAAGAUGCCAUCGCUCCUGAGCACAAUGAUCCGAUCCAUGAGCUACUGGAGGACUUGGGCGAGGUGCCCACCAUCGAGACGUUGAUAGGAGAAAACCCCCUCCCUCCUGAUGACCCUGCCAGGGAGCAGAUGGGGAAGACGGAGGUGUCACUCACACUCACCAAUAAGUUUGACGUCCCAGCUGAGGCCAAUGCUGAGAUGGACGCCAGGACCCUCUUACUGAACACCAAGCGGUUGAUAGUGGACGUAAUUCGUUUCCAACCUGGAGAUACACUCACCGAGAUCCUGGAGUCUUCACCCUCUCCUGAGCAGGAAGUGGAAUACCAGCGGGCCAUGCAGAGGAGGGCCAUCCGGGAUGCCAAGACCCCGGAGAAGAUGAAGCAGGCCAAGCCAGUGGUGGACGACAGCCUCACCCUGCAGGGCAAGAAGGACAAGAUCAGGAGCAACCUGCAGCGACUGGGUGAGCUGGGCAAAGUGCAUCCGGAGAACCGCUACCAGGACCUCAUCAACGACAUUGCCAAGGAUAUCAGAAACCAGAGGAGGUAUCGGCAGCGGAGGAAGGCGGAGCUGGUGAAACUGCAGCAGACCAACUCUGCCCUCAGCUCUAAGACCAACUUCUUCAAUGAGCAAAUUGACUACUACAACCGAUACAUCAAGACGUGCAUGGACAACCUUGCCACCAAAGGAAAGCCUCACAAGAAGCCCGGAGAUGCCAAGGCCAAGAAGAGCAAGCAGGUCUCCCAGAAAUACACUGCAGCCCGGCUACACGAGAAGGGCGUCUUGAUCGAGAUCGAUGACCUGCAGACAAAUCAAUACAAAAACGUUAUCUUUGAGAUCUCCCCAUCUGAGGCUGUGGGUGUGUUUGACGUGAAGGCCAAAUUCAUGGGUGUCCAUCUGGAGACAGUCAUGCUAGAAUACCAGGACCUGCUGCAACUACAGUAUGAAGGUGUUGCUGUGAUGAAGUUGUUUGACAAAGCCACCAUCAAUGUCAACCUACUCAUUUUCCUGCUCAACAAGAAGUUCUAUGGCAAAUAGAGACUGAAAGACACUUUAAGAAUUGAAUUACAUACUAAAUACUCCUCCUCCAUGUAAGGAUGCAACCAAAAACUCCUUGGUCUACAGACAGCCCUUUAUCAUUUUUCAUUUGCUGCACUACUACAAAAUGUUGCCUUAAGUUCACAUGUGCCUUAUUCACUGUGGAGAAUUCCUUGGAGCUCACAGCCAUGGCUGCGUAUAGUAUGGUAGAAGUUUGUAUUGUAUAUCAUUGGUUAUUAUUAUAUUGCAGCUGUGUUGAAUGUAGUCCAAAGGUCAAGAUAUAUUUUUAUUAGUUUGCUCAAAAUUUGCUGCAGACUUGCAUGAGCUUAUACUUAUGCCGUGUAAAGAGAGAAUUUCAUUUUCUAGACCGCAUAUUUUGUUUAAUAAUAUUUGUCCCAUUGAAAAUAUCAAUGCUCUUCAAUGACAAUUGCCCUUAAUGCUAAAAAUAUUAAGAGAUAUAUAAAGAUGUUUGCAAAUUUAUGAGAUGAGCGAGGAUGGUCCAAAAUAGGUGAUUCACAGGGAAACUGUCUGUUUGAUGGCAACAAUGGCUGUUUGAGCCAGUGCCAAGGAAACCUUUACCAUGCUCCACUCCUGACAUUCCACUUUGGAUACAAGCCUCAUAGGAAAAAGUAGAUUUUUCAGCUCUCUUUUAUGCUGUAUGCAUUUUAUUUACGUCCUGCUAUUUCUGUUUUUGUCCAGUUGUGAUUUUUUGUUUGUUUAAUUUUUAAAGGGGAAUCAAUUACUUAAUAGUAAUUUUAAGUUGAACACAAUUGAAGUUGUACUAUGUCAGUGUCAACAGCGCAACUUUUUCAAAAAUUAAAAAAAAAGUUUUGUAAA